AUGAGGGAGUACUUUGCCCAGCAUGUGCGCGAACCUGCUGCCCAGCUGGGGUUCCUGCUGACCUUGAGCACAUCCAACAACCUGCUGCUGGCGGAGGCAGAGGCCAAACAGAUGGCCCUGGCUGGCGUGCAGAUGAUUGUCGUUGGGGUCGACUCAGGCGUCAAAGCGGAUGAACUCAACAGUCUUGAGGUAUUUGUCCCCAAUGGAGGCCCGGUGACCCUUACAGCGCUGGGAUCCCUGGCAUCUACUGAGGUCCUCAAUGAACUGAAGACCAACAUACGCACGUUCCCCUGGAGUAGCAGGUUUGACCUGAUCAUCAUGUUGCAUGACAACGCAGGGGUCACUGACAGUCGGGCGAAGAUCUUUCUCACUGACCUCCUGCAAAGGUACCAGAUUAGUCCAAAUGAAGUUAGAGUUGGAAUCAUCACGUUUGGAAAAAUUGUGAACAAAGGGGCCAAUCAGCAGAUUGUUCUCGGGUCCAAACCCUUUCUUGGGGAGCUUGUCCUUGCCAUACUUGACCUUGACCUAACCCCUACAGGUGGAGCCAAUGUGCAGGCAGUGAUGAUGGAGACCCAGACGAUGUUUAACUCGAUGGGCCGUUCUGGUGUGCCCAAAUUAGCACUUCUUGUCAUGGAAGGGGAUGUUAUCUUUGAUGAAGUGAGAACAGUCCGGGACCAGCUACAGGCAGAUGGUAUCUUCAUAGCAUCAGUGGGAGUUGGGCAAAGUACCAGCAAGGUGGACAUGGAGGUGCUGGCGUUCAAUCCGGAACUGGGUUUCAUGAUGCCUAACUGGGGACGAGUGAUUAUCACGCCUUCUAUGGACGCUAACAUUGUCGCAUAUGUAUGUGCCAAUCCUGCCAGCCUAUUGUACUUAGUGGACCUUUCUGACAGCAUGCUCAACAUAAUUGAUAACACAAAGAAGUUUGCUGCAGCAUUAAUGAGCGGGUUCCAGAUGCCCACUGUCAAACAAGGAGCCAUUGGUUUUGGCACAACUGUUAUUCAAUCAACAGUGAUUGAACUAAAUUCCUUUUCCACGUACCUUGAAUUGUACAUAAAUUUCAUGAGCAAAAUGGUGCCUGAUUCAACAUCAAUGGGCACUGGAACAUUUGACGCCAUCCAGCGUGGAACUAACAUUUUCUCAUCGAUUGUUGGUGAGAAAAUCAUGAUCAUUUUCACUGAUGGGAAGUCUGACAACCCUGCUCUUACAAAGACGCGAGCACAGGAAGCAAGGAAUGUGGGGAUCGGACUGGUUGCUAUUGGUGUCGGCAGUGGUAUACAGCAGCAGGAUCUGUUGGACAUCUCUGGGAGUUCGGACAGCAUCUUCCAAUUCGAAAACCAGGACUUGUUGGAUGUGACAAAGCUACAAAAGGUUCAGGAGGUUGUGUGCACAGAGUGCUUGUCCGGUAACUACCGAGACCCUGGGAUGGUGUGCACACCCUGUCCCCUGGGGUCCUAUCAGGACCUCCCAGAACAGCUGUUCUGUGUGCAGUGUCCUACUGGUCAGACAACAGGCAACAUGGGCUCCACUGCUGCUUCAGCCUGCACAGCUCAAACCCAGUGCCCUGCAGGUACAUUCAUACAAGGAGCGGCCUGCACUCAGUGUCUUUAUGACUCCUACCAACCUCUUCCUGGACAGACCCAAUGUAUCCCCUGUCCGUCGGAUAGACCUGUGACGAACAUACUCGGUGCUACCUCUAUCAGCAGCUGCAAAACCCGUGUGUGUCCCAUCCCUAUGGAUCUGGUGAUGGUGGUGGACUGUUCAGCUAGUAUUGGGCAAGACUUUCCCAUUCUGAAAAUGUUCCUUAGCAACCAGCUGGCCAAAUUUGAUAUAGGGCUUGGUGCAACACAGACGCGUGUCUCUGUGGUGAGACUAGGGGAUAAGACUAUUCUACCACAGCACGCCACUCUUUUAUCGCAAUCGAGAGACAUAGCGGCCGUCAGCACAGCCAUCUGGGCCUUACAGGGUGGUGCUCAGACCACAAACAUUGCCAGUGCCAUAGAAGUGGCAACACAACUCUUAGACAAAGAAUCCACAGAUCCAAAUAAAGCCAAGGUGAUAUUUAUCGUGACGGAUAGUCAGUCGUUGAAUCCGUUUGAGACCUACUACCGGUCCAUCCUAGCAAAGGAGAAGAACUACUAUGUGUUUGUACUGGUUGUUGGAGGGGUUAACCCCUUACCAGAGAUGCAGAGGAUUGCUUCAGAGGCGAACAAAGUCCAGAGCAAGACCUUUGACGUGUUAGUAAAUACUGAUGUGACUGGAGAAAUAUGCCAGGACCCAUGCAACCUCUCCAUGGAUCUUGUGUUGAUAAUGGAUUUCUCAGCCAGUUCCACUCUUGACCCAUUGGGAAAAGUUAAGCUGAAUAAUUUCAUCAUGAAUCUUCCUCUUGCACCCAUCAAGGUAAAGGUUGGGGUUAUACCAUUUGGUAACAAAGUUAAUGACCUCAUAUUGGAACUAUCCAGUGAUGCAACAACUGUUACUAAUUUCAUCCUCGCCCAGACGCUAUUCAAAGAUUCAGGGACAGAGACUGCAGCUGCACUUGAAGCGGGUCUAACAAUGCUGCUAAACCGCGGCAGGAUGAACGCUGUAAAGGCCAUGAUUGUUGUAACAGAUGGUGCUUCUACUAACCAUGCAAGCACUGUACAGAUGUCUCAAGAGAUUAGAAGCCAAGGUGUGUAUGCUGUGUGUAUUGGUGUGGGCAACGUGUUCGUAGAUGAGGUGCGAGCCAUUGCUGAUACAGGAUCCAACUCUCUCAUAAUCAGGGAUAACAUACAAGACGUUGAUGUCCAAGAAAUUGUGGAGAGAACCUGCCCUGCCAAUUUCAAGUGUUCCUACAAUCUGCAUGUGACAUUUAUCUGGUUUAUACAAGGAUUGACGGUGUAUGACAAAGCCAAAACCUUCACUAAAGGCCUGUCAGAUAGAUUUGCCAAUAUAUUGGCCAGUGUUGUGGACGUGAGCGCCGUCACAGAUAUCACCGCGGCAUUAGCAGCAGCCUUUGACGAGAUGGGCAGGAGUGUUCUCAAGGACACCGUGCAUAACAUCAUCAUCAUCACGGACCGAGCACAUGGCGACAUCGGCAAUGCCACAGUUCUACAACAAGUUGCAGAAGCAGUACAGAGGGCAAAGGACUCUGGGAUCAAGGUGACCUUGAUUCAUGGCAACCCAGCAGCAGACACUGGCAAACUGUGGGAACAAUAUGCCUCCUCACCGAAGUUUGCUUUUUAUGCGGACGAUUUCACAGAAAAGCUAACUGCUUGGAAAAUACACCGGAGUUUAUGCAAAGAGCCAUGUGUGAGUGGCUUUGAAAUCAAGCCCAGCGGUGAGUGCGGCAUGUGUGGGCUUGGGACGUACCGUGAUGCACGUGCCUCCUACAGAUGUAUGGUGUGUGACCUGGGAGCCAGUACGUCCAACCCAGGAUCUACAUCUCCUUUGGACUGCAUAUUGCAGAAGUGUCCAAAGCCCAUGGAUCUGGUACUUAUUGUGGACAACUCUGAUGGGAUAUUGCAGGCUGAAUUCUUUAAGGUGCAGGCCUUCCUCUCAACCCUGGUCAACGGAUUUGAAAUUGAUCAAGCCAAGACAAGGAUAAGCCUGAUAGAAAUGGCUGAGCCAUUCGACAGCCGUAUUUUCAAGCUGUCCGAGUCUGUGAACAGCGUGGCAGUCCAGGGUCGCAUCCUGAACAUCCCUGAGGGAGCAAGCUCUAAGGCUUUGACCGGUCAGGCUGUGCAAGCAGCAACCACGCUGUUCAAGCUAGAGGGUCGCAAUCCGAAUGGGUUUCCUCCUAUCAUUGUGUCUCUGUUGAAUGGGCCAUCUGAUAGCUCUUUCGAUACAAAGUACUACAGUGCCAAAGCACAGCUUGGUGGAGCACACAUGCUUUCUGUUGGACUCGGGAGCGCUGUUUUACGAGAUGAGCUGAACGCUCUAGCUUCUGAUCCACUAAAAGACAAAUAUGAGUCUCCUCCGUUUUCUGUUGACGCGACUGAUUCAGCAAAACGAGUUCAAGACUCCAUUUGUCAAGCUGCCAGCAACUACAAGCCGAUUACUCCAGACAACCCUUCAGGCAGCAUUUUAGGUGAGUGCCAGGCUAACAUGGACAUGGUCAUCGUCCUCGACGCAUCCAUUAGUAUCCAGUCAGACACCUUCAUGGCACUAAAAAUUUUCCUAAAUGACUUUGUGUCCAGAUUGGAUGUUGGUCCAGACAAGAUUCGUAUAGGAGUCGUGGCUUUCUCCGAUGUGGUACACACCAGUAAUGUGUUCAAUCUCAAAGACUGCGUGUCGAUGUUCGAUCUCUUGUCCCUUGGAAUAUUUAAUCAGAUACAAAAAAGCAACCCGGGUACCAACACAGCAGACGCUCUUAGAACCACGAUUGAUAUGUUCAAGACUCAAGGCCGACAGAACUCUCCCUAUGUGGCCAUAGUGAUGACAGAUGGGAGGUCAGACAACGCUGUUGAAACUGCCAAUCAGGCAAAUGCAGCCAAGGAUUUGGGUAUCCAUGUUGUGACCAUUGGUUAUGGCAACAGUUUGUUCACUGAAGAGCUCUAUGUGAUGGCCACAGAUGCAAACUCGGUGAAGAUUAUCAACAACUUUGCCGACCUCACAGUGAAGGAGCUUCUAGAUCUCUCAUGUGCAUUCAAUUUUAAAUGCUCUCUGACUAUGGACGUGAUUGCCCUGUGGGAUACACAAGACUUUGAAACAAUCAAACGUGCCCAGAAAUUCAUUGAGAACCUUGGCAAAAGCUUUAGUGGAUCAGUGCUUAGCAACGUAUUUGUACAUCAUGUGCAACAUGUUGGACUGGCUAUUAAGGAGGCGUAUGAGACACUGGCUGCCCGACCCCCAUCAGCUGCAGUGACACAGGCCAUUCUGAUCAUCACAGACAAAGACCUGACCAGUACUGUCAAAGAUUCUAUGAAAACCUGGACGGACACUGCCAAGAACGCUGGAAUGAUUGUGGCAGUUGUUGAUUCACGGAAGCCUACACCCAACGGAAUAGAUGAACUAGCAUCCAAUACAAAACAGAGCUUCCAGACAAACAUGUUUGACAUGCUUCCAUACAGUCUUGUUAUACAGAGGAGUCUGUGUACAGGGCUGUGCCGUCGCGGGAACUACAUCAACUCCCAGGCAUCAGGGAACUGCAUGGAGUGCCCAGUGAACACGUACAAUGAUCAGUUCAACCAGCUCACUUGCAAGCCCUGCCCAAUAGGAACCACAACCAGGGCAUCCGGCAGUGACGAGCUCACUGACUGCAGGCCAGAUUGGUGUGACCCUGGCCACCAAUAUGAUGAUCCCACGGACAAAUGUGUACCAUGCGGUAUUGGCUUCUUCAAAACCAACAAUGACAUGAACUGCAUUAGAUGCCCCAAUGGUCAGACUACAUAUACAAACACUGCUACAUCUGGUGCAGCAUGCCAAGCGGUCUGUGGUGUAGGCAACUACAUCGAUGUGUCCAGUGGGGCUUGCCUCCCUUGUCCUGAAAACACAUACAAUGACAAGGAGAACCAACUCAAGUGUAUCGACUGUGUCCCACCAAAGCACACCAUGGGAACAGGAAAGGAUGAGGAAUCAGACUGUAGGCUAGAUUGGUGUGGCCCUGGCUACCAAUAUGAUGAUCCCACAAACAAAUGUGUACCAUGCGGUAUUGGCUUCUACAAAACUAACAAUGACAUAAAAUGCAUCAACUGCCCCAAUGGUCAGACUACGUUCACAGACACUUCUACAUCUGGAGCAGCAUGUCAAGCUGCUGGCUGUGGUAAAGGCAACUUCAUCAAUGUGGCUAGUCAGACUUGCCUCCCUUGUCCUGAAGACACAUACAAUGACAAGGAGAACCAAGUCAAAUGUAUCGACUGUGUCCAACCAAAGCACACCAUGGGAACAGGAAAGGAUGAGGAAUCAGACUGUAGGCUAGAUUGGUGUAACCCUGGAUACCUGUAUGUUGAUGAUCUCAUCGACAAAUGUGUACCAUGCGGUAUUGGCUUCUACAGAACUAACAAUGACAUGAAAUGCAUCCAGUGUCCAAAUGGUCAGACUACGUACACAGACACUGCUACAUCUGCAGCAGCAUGUCAAGCUGCUGCCUGUGGUAAAGGCAACUUCAUCAAUGUGGCUAGCCAGACUUGCCUCCCUUGUCCUGAAGACACAUACAAUGACAAGGAGAACCAAGUCAAAUGUAUCGACUGUGUCCAACCAAAGCACACCAUGGGAACAGGAAAGGAUGAGGAAUCAGACUGUAGGCUAGAUUGGUGUAACCCUGGAUACCUGUAUGUUGAUGAUCUCAUCGACAAAUGUGUACCAUGCGGUAUUGGCUUCUACAGAACUAACAAUGACAUGAAAUGCAUCCAGUGUCCAAAUGGUCAGACUACGUACACAGACACUGCUACAUCUGCAGCAGCAUGUCAAGCUGCUGCCUGUGGUAAAGGCAACUUCAUCAAUGUGGCUAGCCAGACUUGCCUCCCUUGUCCUGAAGACACAUACAAUGACAAGGAGAACCAACUCAAGUGUAUCGACUGUGUCCGACCAAAGCACACCAUGGGAACAGGAAAGGAUGAGGAAUCAGACUGUAGGCUAGAUUGGUGUAACCCUGGAUACCUGUAUGUUGAUGAUCUCAUCGACAAAUGUGUACCAUGCGGUAUUGGCUUCUACAGAACUAACAAUGACAUGAAAUGCAUCCAGUGUCCAAAUGGUCAGACUACGUACACAAACACUGCUACAUCUGCAGCAGCAUGUCAAGCUGCUGCCUGUGGUAAAGGCAACUUCAUCAAUGUGGCUAGCCAGACUUGCCUCCCUUGUCCUGAAGACACAUACAAUGACAAGGAGAACCAACUCAAGUGUAUCGACUGUGUCCGACCAAAGCACACCAUGGGAACAGGAAAGGAUGAGGAAUCAGACUGUAGGCUAGAUUGGUGUAACCCUGGAUACCUGUAUGUUGAUGAUCUCAUCGACAAAUGUGUACCAUGCGGUAUUGGCUUCUACAGAACUAACAAUGACAUGAAAUGCAUCCAGUGUCCAAAUGGUCAGACUACGUACACAAACACUGCUACAUCUGCAGCAGCAUGUCAAGCUGCUGCCUGUGGUAAAGGCAACUUCAUCAAUGUGGCUAGCCAGACUUGCCUCCCUUGUCCUGAAGACACAUACAAUGACAAGGAGAACCAACUCAAGUGUAUCGACUGUGUCCCACCAAAGCACACCAUGGGAACAGGAAAGGAUGAGGAAUCAGACUGUAGACUAGAUUGGUGUGAUGCUGGCUACCUAUAUGUUGAUGAGACAAACGCCUGUGUCCCAUGCGGUAUUGGCUUCUACAGAACCGACCAUGACAUGGAAUGCAUCAGGUGUCCAAAUGGUCUGACCACCCUCACACCCACUGCCACUUCUGCUGCGGCCUGCACUGGUUCAGGUGCUGUGAAUGCAUUUGGUCUCACUAUGGACCUCCUGGUAGUGACUGAUCUGUCUGCCUCUACAACCUCAGCUGGUCUGGCGUCUGUGAGGACAUUUCUUUCUGAAAUGGUGUCCAGAAUGAGCGUCAAUAAUAGGUACACCCAUGUUGGGAACAUGGCAUAUGCACGUGGAGUGUCAACUCUGAUGACCCUCGAAUCAGGACAGUUCCCAGACAGGGUCCUGCGCUCUCUCAACUCCGGAUUCCGGAUCAGUCCGUUCAGAGAGGUGAACACGGGGUUCGCGUUACACCAAGCAUGUAAAGUGUUCACCUCGUAUUGCCGCCGUCAUGUUGAGAAGCGUCUGCUGCUUAUCACUGAUGAGAUUUCGUCUGACACGGGCCUGUCAAGAAUACAGAGUGAAAAACUGAAAGCCAAGGGUGUGCGGAUAAUUGUCAUAGGUUCUGAUGUGACGGAGGCUAACCAACUGGCCAGUGGGCCCCAGUACGUCUUCAAGAUCAACAGCUACACCAACAUGCCUUCACUAGAUGCCGUGUUGGUGGCAUUUAAAUAAAUGAUGCAAUUAUAUUUUCGGAACGAUCUAUGACAUUUCUUGUAUAAUUUGUAUUCCAAGCUUCGAUAGUCUUGUAGAUAACAAUUAUUGUGUAGUGUUUCCUGCACUUUCGGUUAAGGCAUCUUAUCAAACUUAACUACAAAUGAUUUGACGUUAAUUUAAAAUACAAGUGAAUUGGUGUUCACUUUUAAACUACAUGCGAUUUUAUUUUAUUUUGAACUACAAGUGAUUUUGACCUUCAUUCCAUCUGUAAAUGAUCUGACAAAUUCUACAAGUGAUUUUGCAUUCUUUCAAACUGCAAAUCAAAUGUGACAUUAUUUGCAAAUGAAAGUAUAAGAGAUUCUAAAUUAAUUCCAACAACAAGCUAUUCGAUUUUUAUUCUCAAAAGUGACUUGAAAUUAAUUUCUUCUGCGAGUGA